AACCGAAAGUUUUAAAGUUACAGUAACAAACCACAGUAUAAAACGACAUCAUGAUAUAAACACCUAAACGUUUCAGAACGUAGAAUUCUUAUGUCUAAUGUCACAUUCCUGACUCCUCAAACGGCAGAACUGAAAAUAUUUCUGUUGAGAAAAAAGUCGUCCAUGUAAUUUUUUUUUGAAAUCGUAAAUUAAAAGCUACUGUAAUAUAUUAAUUUCACCCAUUGUUAUAAUUAUGGAUUCAAUGCCUUCAGACGCUGAGUCUAAUGUCAGCGGGUUUAUUCGGUACAGCGACGAAAAGUUUAAACAUCUUUAUAAAUCCAUGAUACAGAACAUGGAAAUAAUAAACCAGGAUAUCAUGCAAGUUGAGAAGAACAUGAAGAAUAUUGUCCAGCAAGCUGGUCCAUUAGAGAGUCAGCUAUCUGCUCUGCUGCAAACCCUACCCAAGCCAAACAUUACCCUGCCAAUGGAGACUGAAUGAAACCAAUUAAUACUUAUACAUUUUAGUAUUCAUUAAAAUUAAGAGACUUUAGCAUGGAAGUACAUAUAUCCCAAAUUAAUAUAAAUUAACAGCUCUUGCUUGACCACUAUCUUACAUAUGGAAAAUUUAAAUGAGCUCUGGUAAGAUGCACAAUCAGAUACUUAUCCAAUGUCGUUUCAAAGAUUCCCAGUUUAAGUAAAACCCAAAUAAGAAGACAUAUGAAUUCAAGAUAUUGGCAAUAUGGGAAUGAAACCCGUCCAGUGUCUUGUGGUAAGGUG